AUCUUUUGUUCUGUGCACGGUUGUCAAGGAUGAUCUUAAAACUCAUCUGUGUGACCGAUAACUACUGUUUCGCUGUCUGAAGGAAUGAAUGAGUAUUUUUGUAAAGAGACGGAUGUUAUGUAGAAAAGUUAGGCGAAUUCCCUAUGAAAGGAAAUGCCACAAGUAAUACGAAGGGAAGGGAAAUCGUCAUUGCGGGGAUUUUGAACCAAUUUCGAUUUCUGAAUGUGGCAUAGAACUUGAAAUGUAUUUGUGAGCGAAUGUUUCUUAUUUUGAACCCAUAUCAUUUGCUCGUGAGUUUAACGUUUUUCGUCAAGAUGCGAAGUUGAUGUUUGGCUAAGCGAUACUCCCGUUACUUUCGGUUACACGUGAGGACAGUUUAGUUGGCAGAAAUACGAAGGUUUGUUCCUUGACAAGAAGUACGAGAACAAAACGGACCGAAACCGCCACAGCAUUGACUCUUCGAAAUUCAUGCCGAACUAUGGAUGGGGCGAAAGUGCUGCUAGUUGUUGUCCUUUUGCUGCAGGUCGCUACUUCACAAGUCCAGAUUCGUGGUCGCUAUGUAAAACGUGAGGAGAAGGGAACACAGUCGCGUCUCCGUUUUACUAGCGGUUCGUAUGGAUUUUACAAUGCAAGUAUAAAGGAAUCUCAUACAAGCACAUGGACAACAAUAAAAUGUGAUAUGAAAAUGGGUAUUUAUAUUUAUGAUGCUCACACGCAAAUCGAUUAUGAAGUUGUUGAUGAUUUUAAAAGGUUCUCAGUUCGAUCGCAGAAAAUUGCUGAUUUUGUUUUCCUGAGAGUCAUGCCAAACGGCGUUUUGAAUUCGAAUAUUCAGUCUGUUUACACUAUAAAUGUUAUCGCCCGCGACAGUCGAACUAGAGAGUUGAUAGAUCGCACAAAAAUAUAUCUGCACGUCUUGGAUAUCAACGAAUUCAAACCACAGUUUGUUAACCGAAGUAUCGAAAUAAAUAUUAAAGAAAACGUGAAGGUUGGGAGUACAGUUUUGAGAGUUAAAGCAAACGAUCCUGAUAGUGGGUUGAACGGCGAAGUUCUUUAUUUCAUCGAACCUAGCCAAGUCUUAAAGAUAGGAGAUUUUUCUUUGAAUUACCGGACUGGCGCGUUGUCGCUUAUCAAGCCUUUGGAUUUCAAACGUAAACGUUCUUACGAUUUCCACAUUAUUGCAAAAGAUAUGUGUCCAUAUGGGAAACUGCAGCAACAAUCAGACCCAUUGCCAGUCAGAAUAAACAUUUUAGAUGUUGAAGGCUACCCGGAAAGUGGCCGCCGGCGUGACAAGCGACAGGAAAAUUUUGAUGGCAACAAACAUCGAUCGCUGCUAUUCUCGAACAGUGCCUACAUCGCUUCAGUGGCGGAAAUAUCACCCCCAUUUACUCCUAUCGUCCGAGUUGAAAUAAAACAAGAGUCGAAGAAAAUAUUUCCUAAUGUUCUUUUUGGUUUGGUUGAUGGAAACGAGCGGGGAUUUUUCCACAUUAAUAGCCGUACUGGACAGGUUUACACCGUUGAAUGGCUGGACUAUGAAAAGGCCAAGGUUUACAACCUGACAGUAAUUGCUCUCCACAGAAACCGGAUUAAAGGGAAAGCAACAGUAACUAUAAAUGUUUUGGACAGCAAUGACCAUUCUCCAGUAUUUAAACAGUUUCAGGAUUCGACUGAAAUUGUAGAGGAGACCCCACCAGGCACAGUGAUAUACAACGCCAAGGCAAGUGACUUAGAUACAGGAUUAAAUGGCAAGAUCAUAUAUUCAAUUGCUAAUGCCAAUGAAACUUACUUUGAUAUUGACCCCUUCAAUGGUGCUGUGCAGGUGGUAAAAAGACUUGACAGGGAUGGUGAGAAAUCAGUUCCACAAACAUUGUACCUGUUGUUAAGAGCUUCAGAUUUCGGAGCCCCAAUAAAACGCGAAGGAAGGAUGAUUUUGAAAGUUACGAUUAAAGGGACCAAUGACAACCCACCUGUAAUGCCAUUUCUAAGCUGCAGAAUUCGUGUGGCAGAAAAUGCAAGACUUGGUACAAAAGUGAUGAGAAUCAAUGCCUUAGAUCUUGACCAAUCAACUACAGGUUAUAUCUAUAACGCAAGUGGCAAUAUGUUCAGUAUUGGAAAACAUACUGGUGAUCUGACCCUAAAGUCUAUUCCAGCUGAUCGAAAAAGGCACCAUAUAAGCAUCAGUGUUUCUGAUGGAAAAUUUUUGUCACAUAAAUUGGAUUUGGUGGUAUUUGUUGUUACAAAUAAUCAUCAAAGAACUGUCAAUGUAAGUUGUACAGACAAUCCAUUAUUUGAUUUGGUAAAGAAAACAAUCAGUGAAAGAUCUAAGUGGGAGAAAGGUUUGAAAGUAGAACAGUUUAGCCCAAUUGUCACACCCCAGAGAAAAGUCCACAAACCAAUUUUUUUAGAGAAACCAGAAAAUCCAAUUUUGCUGUCAGAAAACCUGCCUGUUGGAAGUUAUAUUACAACAAUUUUAGCUGUUGAUAGACAGCUGAAAUGCUAUGGCUUGGUCCUUUACUCAAUUAUAUCUGGGAGUUACAAUGUUGAUAGCAAUUUUGGAAUUGAUAUGUUGAAUGGGACAAUAUAUUUAUCAUCAAAACUUGACAGGGAGCAAACAUCAUUCUAUACACUGAGAAUACGAGCCUAUGAUACUGACAGUCCACCCCAAUAUGCUGAGGUUGAUGUUCAGAUUCAGGUUGCAGAUGUGAAUGACAAUGGACCAAUUUUUUCCCAGAAAAAGUAUCAUUUUUCUGUUUCGGAGCAAACACAACCUGGCACAAGACUGGUACAAGUGAGUGCUAGUGACCCUGAUAAAAAGAGAAAUGGAGAAGUAAUUUAUUCGAUGCUUAGUGACUACAAAGAUCUAUUUUUUCUCAACAAGUAUACUGGUUUGAUAACAUUGAAUUCUAGCUUGGAUUAUGAAAAGCAGAAUAAGUAUAUUAUCACCAUACAAGCAUCAGAUAGGUCAAGUCAGGAUCAGAAAGUGAGUCAAACAACAGUUGAAAUAUCCAUUGAAGAUGUCAAUGAUACUCCACCAAAAUGUUUGCCUGCAAUUCAAACUGUUGAGAUCACACGGGAUUUUCCUGCUGGUGCAGUGCUUGGAAAAGUUUUUGCUUUUGAUCCAGAUACAGGCAAUGGAGGAAAAGUGAGAUAUGAUAUUGCUAGAGGAAAACUUCAAAGGAUAUUUCACAUUGAUAAUGAGUAUGGCAUUCUAAGAACCAAUGUUUUCACUAUUGGUCAACUUGCAAAGGACCAUGUGUAUAAUAUAUCAAUUAUUGUUAAAGAUCUUGGUGCUCCCUCACUAUCUAGUAGUUGCCACUUUGUUUGCAGGCUUAAGCCAUCAGUUUCCUCUGAGAGACCAAGAUUCUUAAGAUCAGAGAAUCCUAUUGUUGUAGACAUCAAGAAUCAAAAUGAUAUCAUUACAAUUGAUGCUGCUUUUGAAGGGUCUAGAGAGCUUCAAUACAAAAUAGUUGAUGGUUCUGGAAUAGGAGAUUUCAAAAUUGAUUCAAAAACUGGCACCAUAUCUCGCACAACAACAGGGGACAAAACUAUGAAGCCAAGAUCCAAUUACUGGUUGACUGUAAAUGCACAUUUGAAAGACAACCCUGAAGUAUACAGUAAUGCUGCUAUUCUUCUCCUCAAAAGAAACAAUGUAAUGAAGGCACCUUACUUUGAUCCAACCGUGUACAGAGUUUCUGUGGAGGAAAACUUGCCUGCAAAGACCAAUGUUUUGCAGCUGUCAGUUGUUGACCCAAACUCAAGAAUGCAAGUUUCAGAUCUUGUUUUCAAUAUUGUGGAUGGAAAUGCUCUCAAGCAUUUUGCUGUGAAUUCAAAUGGUACAGUACAGACAACAAGAUCACUGGACAGGGAAACACAUGACACAUACAGGCUUAACAUUUCUGUUUCCAAACGUGACUUGGCAGACCAGCUGUCAUUUGCCAGUGUGUUAAUAGCUGUGGAUGAUACAAAUGAUAAUACCCCCGAAGCCUCUUAUAAAGUAUCAACCAUAUGGGAACAGGAUGCUCAAAAAUUUGGAACAUUUGUUACACAAAUUGUUGGAUUUGACAGAGACAUUGGUAAGAAUGGAGAGUUAAGCUUUGAAAUUUUAGAGAAGGGUUCCCUGUUUGAUAUUGACUCAAAAGGUGUUGUUACUACAAAGGAAAAAUUGACUGCAUUUGAAGAUCAAUUUUUAAGUAUAAGCAUCUCAGAUAGAGGUACUCCACCAAAAUCUACUGUAGCAUAUCUGGAAGUUGGUGUUAAAGCAAGACCAAGUGAAGGAAUUGGUUCUGUGAGAUUUAAGGAAAAAUCAUUUACUUACAAAAUCAAAGAGUCGACAGAAAGGAUUCUCAAACAACAGCACAUUGAACAUCUCUCAAAGCUGGUGUUAGGCCAAGAGGGGUUUUUGAAAUUCACUAUUGUUUCUGGUAAUGAAGAUAACAAAUUUCACAUAAGCGAUUUUGGAGAUUUGAGCCAGAUUUCUGAGUUGGACUAUGAAACAAAAGUAAGAUAUGAUAUCGUCAUCAGCGUUAACAAUGGCCACUCAUCAGACUCAGCAGUUUUUAUCAUCUUGGUUGAGGAUCUUAAUGACAAUGCCCCCAAAACAUCUCAAAGCUGCUACCAAGCUGAAGCUCUUGAAAAUGAGGGAAGAAAUAAAGUCAUUGCCCAAAUUGAAGCUCUGGAUCCAGAUAGCAUCUCCAAAGGGAAGCUUGUAUACAAAUUGAUUGGUGUAAACCCUCGCUUCAAUGAUACUGUUCCUUUCGAAGUUGAUGUGCUAUCAGGGAAAAUAAAAGCAUUCCAUUCAUUUGAUAGAGAAGUUCAAAGUAACUAUAUCUUGACACUGCUUGCAGAAGAUCACACAUCAGUUACAGUGCUGCGAACAACAUAUUGUGUUAAAGUGGACAUUAAGGAUGCAAAUGACCACAAGCCAAGGUUCACACAACACGUGUACACAACAAACGUUUUUAGUCCAAUACCCGUUGGUGUUCCAAUUCUAAGACUUCUAGCCGUAGAUGACGAUAUUGGAACCAACGCCCUUCUUAAGUUCUCUAUUACUGGCGGUAACAGUGGUGGGCACUUUUCCAUCGACUCUGUCACUGGUGUCAUAUCUUCUGGCCAGAGUUUCGCGUCAGAUCAAAAAAGCACAUUUUCAAUUGAUGUAGAAGUUUCUGAUUCUGGCCUAGUGCGUACGUUUAAGGAUCAGUCAAAAGUCAAGAUUACCGUCUACCCAGCCAAAAGAAAGCCCGGAUUCUCCAAUGACACUUACCACAUCGUUGUUCCUGAAAAUCAAGAGCCCCAACCAGUACUUGAUGUUUCCAUCUCCAACAUCCAGGUCUUUUACAAGCUUUUGCCAUGCAAUGGCUCAUCUCUUCCCGCUUGUGUCGACAAAUUUCAUGUUGACUAUCUCUCUGGUGUCAUUUCUAGCAAGGUGCCUCUGGAUGCUGAAGUACUGCGCGCAUGUUGCUUCGCGGUGCACGGAUGGGACGAUGGUGGUUUCUCAAACACCUCUAAUGUCAUUGUCCACGUGAAAGAUCUGAAUGACAACCGUCCAAAGUUUGUGAACAGCUCCUACACAGGGAGUGUGGAUGAGGGCUCUGGGAGAGGAUCAGAAGUUUUGGAUCUGCUCAACAAACCCUUGGUGGUUGAAGCUAGUGAUGCAGACUCAGGAGAGAAUUCACACAUCGUGUAUUCUAUUGUUGAAGCCAGUGCCUCGCGCAGUUUUGAAAUCGAUAGUAGGACUGGAAAAUUAUCAACAAAAAGGGUUUUGGAUCGCGAAAAGAGGGACAGUUUUGUGUUCCACGUACGAGCUACUGACAGUGGCACACCUAGUCUCUUCACCUUCACGGAGUUGCGCAUAAUUGUCAAUGAUAUUAAUGACAGAAUCCCAGAGUUUACCAGCCAGAUUUAUCGUGUUCAGUUAUACACGCCAAUUUUCAAUGGCACAGAAGUUGUCACUGUGCAUGCAAACGACGGUGAUUCGAAUGUAUUCAGCAGUGUAAGGUACAAUUUGCUAAACCACACGCGCCUUUUCAAAGUGUCACCAAAAACUGGCACCAUAUGGACAAAAAAUGCAGGGGCGAUCACUAAAAAAACUUAUUCACUGAAAGUUGCUGCUUCCGAUGGAAUAUUUACCAGCACAUGUCAAGUCGUAAUUAGCCUUUCUCCUAUCAAGACCAAUAAGUUCAAAUUUAGAGAGCCAGUUUUCCAAGCAUCGAUCAUUGAAAAUCAAAACGAGAGCCGAUAUUUUUUGGUCUUGAAUGUUGUUGGCUAUGAUAUUGGUGAAAGAAUUGAAUUUUCAAUUGCCAAUCCCAAGGAAGAGUUCGUGAUCAAUUCUGUAACGGGUGAAGUCAGCACACGGUAUGGUGCUGCGUUUGAUCGAGAGAAGAGCUCGCACUUCGAAUUGAUUGUCCAAGCAAGGUUGAUGAGGGACCCAUCGCAAGUUGCACAGGGUAUCCUUAAUGUCACAGUUGCUGAUGUGAAUGACAACAAACCAGAGUUCAUAGGCGCGCCAUAUUAUCAAAGUGUGCACAUAGAUACUCAAGCAGAUACAUCACUGCUGCAAGUGCACGCUGUGGAUGCCGAUGAAGGUUCAAAUGCAGAAGUCAGGUAUGAGAUCACAGGAGGUUCCUUUGGCAAAUUCAGCAUCGAAGAGCGUACAGGCGUGAUAAAGGUUAAAGAACAGUUUAUCAAAGGGAAGACUCCUGGCAAGUUUAGUCUUGAAGUUACAGCACAUGAUAUGGGCUCACCAGUGCUGAAAACUGUUACAGUUGUAGAGAUACCGGUCGUUAACGAGGACAUGCCAGUGUUUGAUCAGAAUUACAAGUUCGUGGUAUCAGAGAAUGCCCUUCCUGGAACAAUAAUCGGAAAGAUAGUGGCACAGGGCCCACAGGGGAGAAGUGUCUACUACAGCAUUGCAAGUGGGGACGAAUUCAACCAGUUCUCGUUGGAUUUCAACACAGGUGAACUAUCCACCCUCGACGGGCUAGAUACAUUCACAUUUCCAGCGUAUAAUUUGACAAUUCAAGCAACGGACAGCAAGAGUGGCUCUUGGUCAGUCACUGGCUGCUCGAUUAGCGUCAUAGACACCAAUAAUCAUCGCCCAAUGUUUAGCCAGGCCUUCUAUUCAGCAAACGUGCUUGAAAAUACUACAAAAGGUACCCUUGUGAUCACCCUCAAUGCAAAAGACAAAGACUUCGGUGAAAAUGCCAGAGUCUCCUACAGUCUCGUAUCGGAGAAUGAAAAGAAACCUCUCUUCAAAAUCGAUGAAACAACAGGCUCAGUAUUGGUUGCAGCCGAACUUGACUACGAGGUCAGAAGCGAAUACAUGUUUAGAGUUAAAGCGGAAGACCAUGGAUUGCCGUCUCUCUCAAGCAGCACGUUUCUGAAGAUCAAUAUCAUCGACGUGAACGACCACUCUCCAAUUUUCGACCAGAAGGAAUACAUUUUUACUGUUGGUGAUUUUAUCAAGUCUGGUCAGUUUAUUGGGAAAGUACUGUGUAUUGACACGGACCAGAACAGUGCCGGAAAAAUUCGCUACUUGAUUUCGGAUUCAACCCUGGCGACAGUUGGUAUGUUUACAGGGAUCCUCACAUUGAAUAGAAGCCCCAAACGAGGCAGUACUGCUCAGUUUAAGGUCCACUGUUCUGAUGGGAAAUUCCAGUCAUCCGCUGACGUCACUAUUAUUCCAGAAGAAGUCAACGAACACAAGCCUACUUUUCAUAUGGAACAAUUUUCGAUCAGCGUUCAAGAAGACUCGGCACCAUCCUUCAUGACUGUUGUAACUGCCACUGACCUCGACUAUGGUAGCUAUGGAACCAUAACAUACUCCAUUGACAAUAGCAGACUAGCUCAAAUGUUCCAUAUAAAUCCAACGACUGGAGAUGUUUUCAGUAAGGUCACCUUGGAUCGAGAGCAAGUAAAAGGUCAAGUCGUGGUACCUGUCCGGGCCUCAGAUAUUGGUGGUCGGUUUGAUAUCUGCAAUCUUAUAAUUGACGUCAUUGAUGCCAAUGAUAAUGGUCCGGUUUUCGAAUUUCCGGGCUAUGAAGCAACAGUUAGCACAGCUACGCCAAUCGGUACCACAGUUUUGCACGUGAAAGCUUUUGACGAAGACAGUGGAAAGAACGGAGACAUUACUUACUCCAUAUCUGGGCUUGACGAUGGUGCGCCUUGGAAAAUAAAUAAAGAGACUGGAGAGCUGACGUUGACUGGUACACCACAAGGAAAAGCAUAUCAGUUUGUGAUUCAAGCUUUGGACAACGGGUACCCCGGACGAGAGAGCUCUUCGGCAAUCAGAAUAAACGUUGUGCCACCAGACCCUAAAAUACUGCAGUUUAGCAGGUCGUCAUUUACUGUUAAAAUCGCAGAGUCUAAACUGUCGGGGUACAGAGUUGCUGACGUCACCGUGAAGUCAGACAGUAAGAAUAUCGUGUACGAGUUUGUUGAGGGGAAUUUACCAUUAUCAAACGCUUCCGGGAUGUUCCUCCUUGACUCGAAAUCCGGAGCCAUACAUCUUGAAGGAACACUGGAUUAUGAGACUGUCCCAAGGUACAAUUUGAUGGUUAAGGCAUCAGAUACAGCCAGUUCUGGCCCAGCGGCGUACAUAAAUUUACACAUCAUUGUUUUGAAUGUCAAUGACAAUCCACCAGUGUUUGAUUCAAAAGUGUAUGAGGUGAGGAUUCCAGAAAACAUUCCUGUAAACACAAAUAUCCUUCAAGUAUCUGCCACUGAUAAGGAUGACUUUGGCAGCGGUGAUCUUCGAUACCACAUUACCAAGUCUCCUUCAAAAAGUGAUAUCCAGAGAGCCUUUACUCUAAAUAAACGGACUGGAAUUUUGAAAACAAGCUCAGUUCUGGAUUUUGAGAAGACCUCCAGCUAUGAGAUUGAGAUAAAAGUGACAGAUGGACGAAACUCUGAUGAAGGGAAGUUGCAUGACACGGCUAAGAUUCGAAUCACUGUUUUAGAUACCAAUAACUCACCACCUGUAAUUCAGGACCGUUCUCCAGAUGUCCGAGUGAGAGAGGAUCUUCUUAUCAAUGAAAGGGUUGCCACUGUUUUGGCGAAGGAUGCAGACAAGAAUCCUUCAAUUCGAUAUUUCAUUGUUAAAGGAAACGAGUUUGGUCGAUUUAGUAUUGGAGCAGAUAGUGGAGAUAUUAGGCUUGUGCGGCCACUGGAUCGGGAGGUAACUGCUGCUUAUGACUUAGAAGUAGUAGCCUAUGAUGGAGCAUUCACCUCGUCAACCAACAUGCAUGUGUCAGUCGCAGAUACCAAUGACAAUGCCCCCGUCUGUAGCAGAGCAUUUUAUGAAAUAAAGCUACCCGAAGGAACACAGGCUGGCCAAAUCAUUUCUCGCAUUGAAGCAAAAGAUCCAGAUAUUGAUGACCAACUUGUUUUCACCCUUCAGGGGGAUGGAGUCAGUAAAUUUCUGAUCAAUAAGGGGAAUGGCGAAUUGAUGCCUGGCAUUGGUAUUGACCGAGAGAGCCAUGCUACCAGCGAGUUCAAGGUGCUAGUUACUGACAAAGUUGGACGGUCUUGUUAUUCUGAUGUCUAUGUCGAGAUACUGGACAAAAAUGACAAUAAGCCUGUGUUUGCUCAAGAAAAUUAUGUUGUUCCUGUCAGAGAAAAUGCGUCAUUGUCUUCAAUGUUGGCAAGGGUGCAAGCUGUUGAUGCCGACAAAGGUCCGAACCGUAAAGUGUUUUACAGAAUGACAGGCUCCGACCUGUUUUCAAUUCAACCAAAAACUGGUAUCAUUUUGCUGGAAAAGUCGCUGAGCAAGGAAAAGAAGGAUAGUCACUUGCUAACCGUGGAAGCUUUUGAUGGAGGUAGCCCUGCGUUGGCGUCAUCGGCAACUGUAAACAUAAUCGUUUUAGCUGAGUCAGAUCGACCCCCAGAGUUCAGCAAAGCCAUGUACACGUUUUCUGUUUCAGAAGGUCUAGCUGUUAGCAGUGUGAUUGGAAAGAUCGAAGCUUUAAAAAGAGCUGGACCUUCACAAGGCACUGUAGAAUACGAGCUCGUAACUGGAGAUUUAAAUAUGUUUACGCUAGACGGGAGAACAGGCGAGCUUUCACUGGCAAAGGAGCUUGAUCAUGAAAAAGCUAAAAGGAUCUCUUUAAGCGUCAGAGCCAGAUAUGCCAAAGUACCGUCAUUGACAUCCGUCGUGCAAGUGGUCGUAUACGUCACGGAUGAAAACGAUAACCGUCCGGUUUUCUCCAAGCCAUUGUAUGCGGCGAAGAUCGACGAAAACGUUAGGGCUGGUACGGUAUUGCAGGUUUUUGCUGAAGAUGCCGAUGAAGGUGACAAUGCGCAUGUGUCCUACAGACUGGUUAAAUCUGAUAAAAAUGUGCCUUUUAAAGUGGACAAAGAGACAGGCACGGUGAGUGUGGCUGGGACAGGGCCAAUUGAUAGAGAAGAAAAGGACUUUUAUGUGUUCAAAGUUCGUGCCUUUGAUGCAGGGACCCCUUCGCAGUUUAGCGAUGUCUUGGUUAAUGUUACAAUUGCAGAUCUGAAUGAUAACCCGCCAGAUAUUAGCCCGUCAAAUGCCACGGUAGUAGUUACUGAAGGAAGAGGCAGAGGACAUGUUAUAUUUUCUUGGACUGCUAGUGAUCGAGAUACGAUGAAAAACGGACCUCCUUUUACUUAUACACUUAUAGAAGGUGAUAAAAACAAGUUCAGCGUGGUCGAUGAAAGUGAUGUGAAAGGAAGCUUGAUUGCAAAUAAAAACUUGAGUCGAUCUGAGGGAUUCAAGUACGACUUGGUGGUGCGGGUUACUGACAAUGGUUCGCCUCCACAGAGCUCUUUGUGUUACCUGACUCUUCAUAUCGUACCACCAAGUGACGAAAAACCGGUUAUCCUUGAACCGACUAUGUUCUUCAAAGUGAUUUCAACAUCACCGCAGACAGUUACUGUUGGACGUGUCCGGGUUCCAAACGAAGGCAAAUAUCUUCAUCAGUUUGAAAUAACCGCUGGAAAUGACGACGGAACCUUCUCUAUUGAGCCAGUGUCCGGUCUCAUCAAGGGCAAUUUAAGGCAGGGCAUUUACACAAUAAGUGUUGAAGUGUUCGAUGGCAAGUUCAGUGCCUCAGCCACAAUAACCAUUAUUGUUAACCCGGUCACUAAAGAAUUGUACCAGAACAGUGUGGUGCUGACUGCACUAGAUUUAUCAGCCGAUGACUUUGUUAAUUACAAAAUAAAAAAGUUCGCCAAUCACAUCCGAUUGAUAACAUCCGCCAAAAUUGAAAACAUCAUCAUAUGGGCUGUACAAACGAAAGAUAUGAAGAGAAAAACAAGAGAUGUUGGUUCGAGGACUGAUACAGAUAUUGCUUUUGCUGUCAGAAGAACUAACGGGGACGGAUUUAUCGAGCCAUCGGUGCUGCAGUCGUCACUCAAACUUUCCAAAGAAACCCUCGAAACAAAACUUGGCGUUUCUGUUCUUAUUACGGUGACAGACCCUUGCGCUGCGGCGCCCUGCCCUGUGGACAAAAGGUGCAUUGCUGUCGUUAAACCUGUUUCCGGGAGCAGCGCGUCGAGUACUGGUCUCUCGACAAAAUUUUCACGCAACUAUGCUUGCCUUUGCUUGGAUGGAAGUGAAGGGCCGGACUGUACUGGCAUUACAGCCUGCUCAAGUAAUCCUUGCAAGGAAAAUGAAAAAUGUAUCCCCAUUGGCUCUACUUUUGAAUGCAAAAAGGACAUGAAUGACGGUGCAAUUCAGCUUGAUGGCAAAGAUUAUGUUAGUUAUGUUUUGAGAGAGCCAUUUGAUUCAACGUUCAAGUCAAUUUCUGUGUCAUUCAGAACCGAGGCUUCUGAGGGUUACUUGUUUUAUGCCAAAGGAAACGAUUACUGCUUCCUGGAGGUUUUCGAGGGAAAAGUUCGGUUCAAAUUCGAUUUUGGGACUGGUCAGGGGAUUGUUCAGAUCGACGACAUACAAGUCAAUGAUGGUAGAUGGCACGAUGUGAAAGUCAUCCGCAGCGCCAACCGUGCUACCUUAAUUCUUGAUGAUGGCAAAUAUAAGUCCGAAGGUCGGGCUAAAGGUGAAAAUGUCAAAAUCAACUUAGAUAGCAACAACGUUUUCUUUGGAGCAGGAGUUUUGUCACAAGGCAGUGUUGAAAACGGAUUCCGGGGCUGUCUUCGAUACCCGAAGCUAAAUGGCCAGCUUUUGCCCUGGAACGGCAACAAUAGCUUGAUACUAAGUGGAAGAUCUUAUGGUGUGAAGAAGUCUUGUAAAGGUUCUGGUGCUUGCAAGAAGACGAAGUGCCCUCAUUUCAGCGACUGCAUCGACACUCUCUCGGCAUACCGAUGUCAAUGUAUGCCUGGUCACAGAGGAACACUGUGUAAGCCCACUGUGACUUGUGCAGACAACCCUUGUAGGAAUGGAGGCACGUGUACAUAUUUCAAGGCCAACAGCGAAAUUGAGUAUCGAUGCACAUGCAAGCAUCCUUAUACUGGAGCGCAGUGCCAAACAAACAACGGUCUAUGCGCAAGCAAUCCCUGCAAGAACGGUGGAAAAUGUGAAAACCUGAAUGAAGGAACAGACUACCGCUGCAUGUGUCCACAAAGAUACCGCGGGCCAAAAUGUGAGUUGGACACGAAUCCCUGUGCAUCAUCGCCCUGCUUCUAUGGUGCCAGAUGCACCACAUUUCAGUAUGAUUACAAGUGUGACUGCCCGCCCGGCAAAAAGGGAAAGCGGUGUGGCUUUGGGUCCUACUGCCAGCACCAUAGCUGUGGAAAACAUGGCUUAUGUAAAGAAGCCAUGGAUGGUCCUGUGUGCAAAUGCAAAAAGGGUUAUAAAGGUGCUUAUUGUCAGUUUGAUGUAAACGAGUGUUUGUCGAGUGAGAAUCCGUGUGGUGACUGGGGCACCUGUAUCAACACUAUAGGAAGUUUCUUUUGUAACUGCACAAACGGUCAAAAUUCUCCCAAUUGUAUUGCAAAGGGUGCGCUUGCCGACAGAAGUGAACCGUUCAACUUCAACUUGCUUUUAUAUGUUGGCAUUCCUAUUGUGAUCAUUAUAAUAAUUAUUGCUGUUGUCGUAUGUGUUUGGCGACGAAAGUCCAAGCAGGAAUACAGUCAGCCAAGAGGCACGGAUGGUCCUGAUAUUAAAUACCCAUUGAACUGUAUUGAACUGGACCAGUUUCCACCGCAUGUGCCCCCACGCUUUGAUGGGCCUCCUGACUAUUACACUGAUGGUUCUGCUGAUUUUGCCACAACUGCUCUCUACGACCCAUCUCAAGCUGUAACGUCCCCCCAGUCCACUAUGUCUGAUGACGACAGAUGCAUAAAAGCCCCUGACUCGAGUGCCUUGUCGAAAAAGCUUUUGCCUACAUUUAGAGAUGGAUCGCUGCCAAGCACGCCAAGGGGCAGUGACAAUGCUUUGGAUGUCAAGGGCAGCGCAUCAGACAUCAGUGAGGCGGAUGAUCAGUUGAAUGGGCCCUACCAUUGGGAUUAUUGCGAGGUUCCAGAAGAUGUUGCCAAUAGAUCCAAACCCACCAGAACGAGGUCAAAAGAGGGUAGCAGGAUGGGAUUGUCUUAUAACUAUGGCUACGAAGAUACACCUAAACUACCGGAAAAGCAAUCGGAAAAACCCGCAGGUCGGUCCUGUCGCCGCAGCUCCAUGACAUUUAACGAAAAUGAAAGGCCGGCGGUCCCAGAGCGUCCGGCUGAUGUUCGCCUGUCCUGGCAGUCUUUAGCAAUAACCGAAACUGGAUCACCUGUUGCAGCUCGUGUUAAGAAGAGGAAUGAUACGAAGCCAGAGAGGUCGCCCACCAUCCAAAGAGCAGCUGCCUCAAGGGGGUCAGAUUCUUCACUUUUGGAGCCUUAUGAAUGUAUUACGACACAACUGUCAGCCAAAGACUUUAAUAAUAGGUACUCCCUCGCUCUCGAAGACAACACAUCAUUAUAUUUACAAGAUCUCCUUGGUGGUGAAUACCCCGCACCCCCGUCAGAAACUUGCCCUUCAGAUAUUGAAUCUUGCACCAGACCAUCCCUUAGUGUUGCCUUCUCGGACACAGACGAAGUGCCGUAUCGAAGGCAAAGACGUAUGCUGCCCAGCGAGAUUAGCUGUCUCGAUGCAGAUAACUUAACGGAGACGUCAUACAACUCUGAUGACGAAAAUGAUGAUUAUAAUGAACAGGACCCACUCGACCCAGAUCAAACGAGAAAGCUGGAGCGCGAGAUCAAAAUCCUUUUUAAAGAGAUAAAAUCGAAAACAGAAGCUGAUGAAGAUGAUUAAAUAGCAUCUUGACACAUGUCCUUGGAACAAAAAAACACUUAGCUGGAUGACCUUACAUUUGAUUUCUCAUACAAAUUACGCAGACAAGGUUGUUAAUUGUUGACAUGCAGAAAUCGUAGCAUUUAGAGUUGGGUUCAAAGCAGCGUAUUCAAGUUAGAUGACACAUGUAUGAAUAUGCCAAAGACAGAAGGAGUGUGUUAUGACUGACAAGACGUAUUUGAUAAACAUUGAAUGUUUAAUUUGAAAUAUGAUUUUCUCUCUAUGGCAUUAAAGUUGUUGAAAGGAAUCCGUAACAGGCAAGGCACCAGAACAGCCUUCGCCAGUCCUUGCUAGAUCUUGUCUUGGCGACGAAUCUCAAAUAUUGAAAAUCACCGGAAAGCUAAUUACAAAGAAAAGUCCGACUUUCAUCCGUAUCUAACUUUUUAAAUUUGCUGUGUUUAAAAUUUAUGCGUUAAUGUUUAAAGUUGACCACGAUUCUAGACCAUUUUUUAAGUUAAUGUGCAAACUGAAGAUCAGAUACAAGUAAUUCUCUUAGUGGUAGUAUUUAAUUGUUUGUAUUUAAAUUUGUUCUACCUCGAUUGCAUACAUGUUUUGUUGAAAUUAUUUUACACACAGAUCUAUUGAUGUUUUUACCAUUGAGCUGGUUUUAUUUUUUGCAAAAUCAUAUUGGUAGGUUUUAUUUAAGUGUCAUGUUACCACUCAUUCCCACCUUAUCCGUAUUCCCACCUUAUUCUUAUUCCCACCUUAUCCUCAUUCCCACCUUACCCUCAUUCCCACAUUAUCCUCAUUUGAACUUUUUCUGUAUCUAAAAAUUCCCAAUUUUCUCUACCUUAUUGCAAAGUUGGUAAGCAAAACGAAAUCAUGUCAAAUGUUUUCCUUGAAAAUGUACCUUAACAUUGCUAUAGCAGUUUUAUUAAUUGAUUUCAAGCAAAUUUUCUACUUGCUUGUCGAAAAGAAGCAAUAUUAAAAACUCGGCCACCCUCUCUAACUUAGAUUUCCAAUUUGCCAAGAGCAAUGUGACUUUCUUAGCUUUGGUUUUUGUUCCCUGCGAGGCAGAGGUCCACUCACUUUCGCAUGUAUGAAAAUCUAGUUAGCAGAGAACGAUCCUUAUAGAGUGUCAUGGAGUGUUCUUUGACUAUGUUAAUCCAACAAAAUUACACGUUCAGACUUAAUUGAUUUGUUAUGAUAAUCAAAGAGUUUCGUAUGUUUAAAGAUAGGGCAUAUUUUAGCCCGCAAGAACAAUUUCAUGAACUUUGGUCAUAUUGUUUUAACUAUAUUCUAGCAGUAGUAUAUUGUGAAUAGCUUUAGAGCUUUCCCGAUACAAUAUCACACAACGAGUAAAACUUGGGGUAUGUGUGAAACUUUCCUUUCUUCAAAAGUAGAAUCUGUUAUCCAAAUUCUUUUUACAUAAUUGCAUGUUUUUUAACAGGGGUUUAGGCCCUUUUCAGCCGUUGUAAAAAAGCGACAUGGCUGGUUUCUGACUUAACUUAAAGCCAUUGGUGCUGAUUUUUUUAAUUUCUGACGCUAAAAGCACUCCUGGAACUUCGAUAUUUUAUAAAGUUGUUAUGUACUUCUGAAGACCCUAAGUCGUGUGUUUUGUUGCCACGUUGUUGUAUAAUUUUUAACGUUUCUAUCUGAUUUUUAAUAUUAGGAGUAUUGCGAGUUUUCUAUUGUUUGAUAAAUUUAUUGUAAGAAGAAGUUAUGGUAAGAGUUUAAGAGUCACAAAUAA